ACCGGGCGAUGCAGUUCCAACUGGGAUGGUUUGCACAUCCUAUUUUUAAGAAUGGUGACUAUCCUGAUGCACUGAAGUGGCAAGUUGGGAACAAAAGUGAAAUCCAAAGUCUUCCACAGUCAAGACUUCCUUCCUUUACUGAAGAAGAAAAGAACUUCAUCAAGGGAACUGCUGACGUAUUCUGUGUAAAUCAUUACACUACAAGGGUAGUGAGCUAUUUUACAGCUGCACUUCAGCCUCACUCCUAUGAAUCAGACCGGGACAUGAGAGAAGCAGAGGAACCCAGUUCACCAACUACAGCCAUUCCUAACCAAAAAGCUGUGGCCUGGGGCUUGAGGAGACUCCUCAACUGGAUCAAGGAGGAGUAUGGUGAUCCAGAGAUUUAUAUUACUGAGAAUGGAGCAGCAGUAGAAUGGGAUGACUUUGAAAGAGUAAUGUUCUACAAGACCUAUAUCGAUGAGGCUCUCAAAGCCAAUAACCUUGAUGGUGUGCGGUUGCGAGGAUACACAGCAACAGCUUUUAUGGAUUCUUUUGAGUGGCUGCACGGGUACAAAUUUCUAUUUGGGCUGCACCACGUGGACUUCACAAACCCAGAUCGUCCAAGAACACCAAAGUACUCAGCUCAUUACUAUUACAACAUCAUAAAGGAUAAUGGUUUCCCCUUGCCAGAUGAUGAGAAGAUGCUUUAUGGUCACUUCCGAGAGGAUUUCAUGUGGAGUUCUGCUUCAGCAUCAUACCAAAUUGAAGGAGGAUGGAGGGCAGAUGGAAAAGGUCUAAGCAUCUGGGACAAGUUCGCUCACAGUCCUUCCAAAAUAUUAAAUGAUGACAAUGGGGACAUAGCCUGUGACAGUUACAAUAAAAUAGAAGAGGAUGUUGCGAUAUUAAAGCAGCUGAAAGUCAGCCAUUAUCGUUUCUCCUUAUCCUGGCCGAGAGUCCUUCCUGAUGGCACUAUCAAUAACAUUAACGAGGCUGGAAUCAACUACUACCAAAGACUUUUGGACGCACUGCAUGCUGCAAAUAUCCAGCCACAGGUUACUCUGUACCACUGGGAUCUACCACAAGCUAUAGAGGAUUAUGGAGGCUUUUUGAAUGACAGCUUUGUUAAGCUUUUCAGGGACUAUGCUGACCUCAUGUUUGACCGUCUUGGUGACAAAGUGAAAAUUUGGAUCACCUUUAAUGAGCCGCUCGUUGUAGCCCGCCAUGGAUAUGGCUUUGGAGACUUUGCCCCAGGAAUCAGUUCAGGACCAGACACUCUGCCCUACAUUGUUGGUCACAACCUGAUUAAAGCUCAUGCCGAGGCCUGGCAUCUCUACAAUGACAAGUACAGGGCCAAACAGAACGGCAUAAUCUCCAUCACAAUCAGCUCUGACUGGUCUGAACCCAGAAACCCUUAUAGACAGGAGGACUAUGAUGCUGCACGACGUGUGGUGGAGUUCACUCUUGGCUGGUUUUCCCAUCCCAUAUUUAAUGGUGACUACAGUGAAAUUAUGAAGACAAGAAUAAGAGACCGAAGUCUAGCUGCUGGUCUACCACAGUCUCGGUUGCCUGAGUUUACUCAAGAGGAGAUUAAGAGAAUUAAGGGCACUCAUGACUUCUUUGGAUUGAACCAGUACACAUCUGCCCUGGCAUUCCCUGUGGACCAUGGAAAUAUUGCAAGCCUUGAGGCAGACAUCGGUGCGGCGACAGUUCCUGAUCCCACUUGGUUGGAUUCAGCCUCCGUCUGGCUAAAGGUCACACCAUUUGGUAUCCGCAGAUUGCUGAACUUCAUCAAAAAUGAAUAUGGAAAUCCACCAAUCAUCGUCACUGAGAAUGGAGUCUCAGAGCAGGGACCUAUUGAUCUAAAUGAUGUUCACAGGAUCUACUACUAUGAACAGUACAUUAACCAGGUGUUGAAAGCUUACUUGCUUGAUGGUGUGGAUGUGCGUGGUUACACAGCGUGGUCACUGUUGGACAACCUAGAGUGGGCUUCUGGCUUUUCACAGAGAUUUGGUCUGUUCUACGUUAAUCGCUCAGACCCUAAUCUUCCUCGAGUGCCUAAGAGCUCUGUAAAUUUCUAUGCCACAGUCAUAAAGUGCAACGGAUUCCCUGAAUCAGGAGUGCCUGAACCCAGAGUCUGGAGCAACAACCACGCCAACAGCUGCACCACCAGUCAACAUUAACAGCGUGAAAUUCCUUGGUCUGGAUCUCUCCGCCGAUGAUGCUGAGACUGGACUUUACACCACAUUUGCUCUACUGAUUGUUGCAGUAGUAAAAAAGUCCAAGAAAAGUGAACAUGUGGACAGUAUCAAAAUGGAGUGCAAAUAAGCUGAUGUGCAGUGUAGGCCCCCGUAAACAGUAUUUGAUUGCAGACCCUUAAAGACUGAAAAAUACUACUAGGCUCAUCAGACAUAGAAAAUUGUAAGUUUCUCAUGACUUAGUUAUUAAAUCCUUGUACAUUAUAAUUUGCUUGACCACUGCUGCAGCAUGAAGAUUUGAGAAUCCCCCAAAAUGAUUAAAAGUGUCAUUUUAUCCUGUACUCAAAAAACAUAAAAGUAAUUUAUGUAAUAAGAAAAACAAUUUUCAGGUUAUAGUACAGGAUGUAACAUACGCCUCAAAUUUGAAUAAUGUUUUUGUAUAUGU